GCGGUAUUACUGAUAUUAUUCGCGUCGGGAAGAAAACCGCGAUAAGCUGGCUUUCGAUCAAAUUAAACUAUAAAUUCUGUUAACGAAGUUAAUGUAACUUAAAUUUUAAUAGAAAAUAUUCAGAUUAUAUAUAAUUUAAAUUUAUCUCUAUCCUCAAAAGAGAAUAUAUUAACUCUUCGAGCGUAUUGUGGUGCAAACGUGCACUAUCGAUUUCUUCAAGAGAUGAUUUCUUUUCGGAAUACAAUCAAAUGUAGAUCAAUUUUUCACUCUUUUAUUAUUUUCAUAUAGUUUUUUACAGUAUCACCGUCAAAUUUCUAAUCUUCUUCUUUUACAUUAAAAAAUAAAUUAAAGUUAAAAAAUUUAAUUUGAUCAAUUCGCGCGCGCACGGAGUAAAGUUAUAAGUCGAUAACAAUCGUUGGUGCAAAUUUAUAUCUGUAUGCUCUUGGUUUCGCCCGCCAGAUGUGUGCACUCGAAGGGUUAAUCGCGAGUGGUCGUCAUCGACCUCUGUUUUCACAGUUUGCGUGGUAUAUACUUUCAUUUUCCUUCUCACAUUAUUUACUGACACUUAUUCGCGUCGGGAAGACAAUUGCGAUUGGCUUGUGUUUGAUAAAAUUCUAAUUCGAGUUUUGUCAAUCGGAAUAAAUUUAAUUUAAAUUAAUUAAACGUUUAAAUCAAUAAAAAUUAAUCAAAAUAUUAAUUCUAAUUAAUCUUAAUUCUCGUUACCGCAUUAAUCGUUGACAUUAAUCUUGCCGAAGACCUCUUAAUAAUAAGCAGAGUUCAGCUCGAAGCAUCAAAGAUGAACGAUAGGCAUUCGCGAAAGUUUUCUAAUCAAAACGGGGACCUAUCGAUCUCGGCCACCCAAAGAUUCGUUUUUGUACUUGUUUUAUUCGGGGAGACUUAUUAAACCUCCUUCAUCGUGGAACACAAACGCGAUACCACGUCGAACACAAACGAGUCGGAGAAUUCGACGCGAGGAGGAGAUUGUGAGCGAGCGCGAAUAUCGGUGUUCCGAUACCGAUAACGCCCGGAACGGAGGCUGCAAUUUAUCGUCGCGCAAAGGUCACCGCGCGAAUAUCACGGGGGAACGAGCAACCGCCAGGAGAGAGCCGUAACAAUUCGUCCUCGUUGUUCACGCGUCAAAAUAUUGGCAAGAUCUCAAAUCUCCGAGUUCGGGGGAGAUCGACGCGCGAAACCGGCGCCAACAUUUGAAUUUAUCGUGUCAUUCUGCGUGUUACAAUAACACGUCGAAUGUCGCAGUGGUGACGCCGGCGGUCGGAACCAUGAUACCAUCGCGUCUCAUUGACACGUCGUUUUGGUUUCCGUUGAUUGCGCAGUUAAGCUUAAUUGACGAUCAAAUCACUGAAGAUACGUAAUUCAUACACGACGCGUCGUGUUUCUUGUAUCUCGUUUCAUUGGAUGUGUGCAACAAAAUUCGAAUUAAUUCGGAAGAAUAUUAUUCAGCUAGCAGCCUUUUGCUUCUCAAGUGUCUGUUAUAUAAUAAUAUUUUCCAUGACUUAUUUUCUAUUCUCUUAUUUAAUUUAGAUACGCUUGAUUAUAUUUUAUACGUAACUUUAUGAGACGUGAUUAUAAUAUGUAAGUAAAGGAAGGACGAGAAAACACUGAUUGCACCGAAUAUCGUAGAAGUUAUCGAUGUCAUCGAGGAUCACGUGGACUUUGUGAGGAAUAUGUGUCGGUUGGUCGAUGUUGUUGGGUCUUAUUAAUCCACCGGCUAAACCAUGCUGUCGGAAUGUGGCGGAUUAGUGCACUUCAAGAAGAGACUAAAGGCGCGCAUGCAACGGUCUCGAGAAGAAAUUCGUGUCUUCGGAGGAUAAGAUGAGCAAGAGCGUAGAGUUACUCGCUGGAUCGGAGGACAGUGAGCCAGUACCCGCGGAUAACUCUCGCGUCCAAGAGAGAUCCAGACUGAAUCUGAACGGGAGUCGUCAGCUCUCGAAAAGCGCCACGGAGCUCCGCGACAGCGAGAUCGCCAACAGUUCGCCAUCGAGGCGCGGUGGUGGACCGAGCGAGUCCGGCAGCGUCGUGCAUCAUCAUCGGCAUCGUUAUCACGCUACGUCGGUGGCGCAGCGCACCCACACCUUCUUCGCGACUCUCAAGAGUCGCUGGGCGCGCAGUCGGAGCAAGGAGCGAAAGAAAUCCAAAGAUGCCGGCAGCGUGCAGUCGCAGGACGCAGCCCAGCUCAAGAAUCCCGGCGUCGAGUCCGACUAUGCCGCCGAUUACUCCUCCGAGCACAGCAGAAGCUCCUCGGCCACCCAGAGUCCGGCGAGGCAUUGCCUCAAUCACUCGGAAUCUCCACUGGCGCGCGGCGGCAGAGAGAAGGUCAUGGCCAUGCAAGAAGACAGCGCCGGGAAAUGCGGCGAGGGAUUCUCCAAAGGAUCCCUGAGCUUUCAGAGCCAGAAGGAAGGGUCCAGUGACGGACCCCGGGGCUCUGUGAGCCAAGAUGGCGGGGAGUUCCUUCAGGACGAGCUGGUGCGGAGGAGAGAAAUGGCAUUGCGGCAACACGCUUUCUUCCAGCUUCGCUUGCAUAUAAGGAGAGGCGCGAAUCUCGUUGCAAUGGACAGAUGCGGCGCUAGCGAUCCUUACGUGAAGGUGAAAUGUUCUGGGCGACUGCUACACAAAUCACGAACCGUUCAUCGCGACUUAAAUCCGGUGUGGGACGAAAGCGUGACCCUGCCCAUAGAGGAUCCCUUUCAGGCGCUUACUAUCAAGGUUUUCGACUACGAUUGGGGCCUGCAGGAUGAUUUCAUGGGAGCUGCUCAGCUGGACCUGACGCAGCUGGAGCUUGGUCAUCCUCAGGACAUCACGUUAGAGCUCAAAGAUCCGAGCAGACCGAAGCAGCAUUUAGGCGAAAUCUAUUUGACGGCUACGCUUUGGCCGCGAAAUCAGCAGGAAAAAGAGCAGUAUUUUCAGAGGACCAAUCGAUUGGCGGACGUAAAUAGACGGCUGAAAUCGCAGAUAUGGAGCUCGGUGGUGACAAUCGUCCUCGUGGAGGCGAAGAAUUUGUUGCCGAUGGACAUAGACGGUUUGUCGGAUCCAUACGUCAAAUUCCGGCUCGGCACGGAGAAGUACAAGUCGAAAGUCGUUAACAAGACCUUGAAUCCGGUCUGGCUCGAGCAGUUCGACCUGCAUCUUUACGAGGAUCCGUAUCUGGGGCAAGAGCUAGAGGUGACGGUCUGGGAUCGGGACAGGAGUCACAACGACGACCUGAUGGGGAGAACAGUGAUCGACCUGGCGGCCCUCGAGCGGGAAACUACGCAUCGGCUAUGGCGCGAACUCGAGGACGGUUCAGGCAAUAUCUUUCUGUUGCUGACGAUCAGCGGCACCACCGCCAGCGAGACGAUCAGCGAUUUGGCCGCGCACGAGGACACGCCGUUGGAACGCGUGCAAUUGAUCCAGAGAUAUUCCAUCUUGAAUACCCUGCAGAGGGUACGCGACGUCGGCCAUUUGACAGUCAAGGUGUAUCGCGCACAAGGUCUCGCGGCGGCCGAUCUUGGCGGAAAGAGCGACCCGUUCUGUGUUCUCGAGCUCGUGAACGCUCGAUUACAAACGCAAACGGAAUACAAGACUCUCGCGCCGAACUGGCAGAAAAUUUUCACUUUCAACGUCAAGGACAUCAAUUCCGUGCUGGAGGUAACGGUGUAUGACGAGGAUCGCGAUCACAAGGUGGAAUUCCUCGGGAAAGUGGCGAUACCAUUGCUAAAGAUUCGCAAUGGUGAGAAAAGAUGGUACGCAUUGAAAGACAAGAAGCUGAGAGGUCGUGCGAAAGGGAACUGCCCUCAAAUCCUGUUGGAGAUGACGGUCAUGUGGAAUAUAUUCAGGGCGUGCGCGAGGACGCUCAAUCCGAAGGAGAAGAAGUACAUGGAACCGGAAGUGAAGUUCAAGAGACAAGUCUUUCUGCGAAAUGUUCUACGGCUCAAAGCUAUUAUCGUCAUAUUCAUCGACAUAGGAAAAUACAUACAGAGCUGCUGGGAAUGGGAAAGCAAAAUGAGGAGCGUCUUCGCCUUGGUCAUCUUUAUCUUUGGAUGUUACUACUUCGAGCCGUACAUGAUACCGGCAGUGGCGUUGUUGAUUCUUCUCAAGUACUACCUGGUCGCUGUGGUGACGGGUGCACCUUUGAUUUACGCGACCUCGCAGUUUCAAGAUCACGCUGAGAUCGGAUCGGAUGAUUGUCCGUUGACGCCAGGGGACGACGACGAUGACGACGACGACAAGGAUAAGGAGGAGAAGAAGAGCUUGAAAGAGCGCUUGCAAGCGAUUCAAGAGGUCACGCAGACCGUUCAGAACUCGAUCGGCUACAUAGCCAGCUUGUGCGAAAGAGUGAAGAAUCUCUUCAACUUUACGAUCCCUUACUUGAGCUACCUGGCGAUGAUUUUGGCGAUCAUCGGCGCGGUCGUGCUCUAUUUCAUUCCUGUCCGAUACCUGAUUCUCGCCUGGGGUGUCAAUAAGUUCUCUAGGAAGAUCCUCAGGCCUCAUUCCGUGCCCAAUAACGAGCUCCUCGAUCUUAUAUCUAGAGUGCCUGAUGACGAAGAGCUGCUUAAUUAUAGAGAACUGAAACCCGUGCCGACGGCGGAUUGCGAGAAAGGCGGCAUCUCGGGAAGCCCCGGCGCGAACACGACGCGGAGAGAGCAGAGGAAGAGGCACAAAGUGGCGUAGCAAAAUCUCCCGCGGCCGGAAGUCGCGGGUCCACGGUCGUCCAGUUUCCUCAAAACAGUCCUGCUGCGCCGGAAGCAACGUCAGCGAAAAGGAUCAGCGGAGAAUGCGGAUGUGAUCGACAUAGACUGAAUAUCUUUCGUUUUGUAUCCCUCUCCCUCUCCCUACACGCCGUGAAAAUCUCGAAUUCAACCGGUAAUCGGUCAGUGGCGGAGCUGCGUGGUGUUUCUUUCUCGAGGGAGGGAGCGACGUGAAAGGGAAGAAAAUUAUCGAUCACGAAACGUCUAAAACGCUGAGAAAAGAACGCGGACACGGAUAAUAUAUUCGUAAAUGAGAGAGAAACAGAAUGAUUUUCUUCUUUUUUUUAAUACAAAGAAGUUGACGUGUACGAAGUGAAAUGUGCAGCGUAAAGAUACGCGAAGGACGAUGAUAUUCGUAUGUCAGUCCGACAGAUCCGAAGAAACACGCAUCGAAUGGAAAAUUAUCCAAUACUGAAUUAUACUUCCACGUAAAUGUAUAACAGCGAACAUUUUACACAUUUUUGAUUGCUCCGUAUUUCUGUGCUACUGACGAUGAUAUGUAUAAAAGUACAAUCAGCGAAGAAGUCCGCCACAACGUUUCGAUCCUUUUACUCUAUCUCUAAUCAUUAUCAAAUCUCUAAUAAUUUUUUAUACAUUAUUCGUAUUUCUGUGAAAGCAGUUAUACGCGUAGAGUUUCUGUAGUCGAAACUUUAAAAUCGUAAAUCUACAAGAAUUCAAGGAUACAAAUAUUUUAAAGAUUUGAGGAUAGAUAGAGCACGUAAGCGUUCUGAAAACUGGACAAUGAAAGCAAUAGCACGUAGCAUAAAAUUGUGAGUAAAAAAAUUACAAAAAGUACACAAAGAUCUUCCAAGAAUUAUUUAAAAAUACUAUUAACGAAAAUCUUGCGGAUUCACACCCGCUUUUUCGUGUGGUUCCUUAAAGUCGUCUCUAAAGUCUCUAAUCUUUGAUCUUGAAGGACUUAAUGUUGCUCUAUAUACUCUGUAUACAUAAUCCUUAGAUAAAUUUCUUCGUAUAGAAGAGAGAAUGACCUUAUCAAGAGAGAUGGUCGAUUUUUUCUCCAGAUUUUCGACGGCACUCGAAUCGAACAAAAGUGCUGCUGCUUCUUCUUUGGUUGUACAAUUUAGACACGAAUUCUAAUAGCUUUUUUAAGAUGAUCUAGUCCUGUGAGAGAGAAGGAGAGAGAAAGAGAGAGAGAGAGAGAGGAGGUUGGUCAAUUUUGAAAGUAUUUCAUUAAAAGGGAGGACUACGUUUCGAGCAUAUCAAAGACGGCGAGGAACGUGUGUUCUUGUAGAAUAUAUUAGUUGACAAACCUUGACAGUAACGGAGCUAGAUAUCUAAACAAAAUGCGAUGACGUAUCCCUUAGGGGAACGCCUAUCGGUCGUUUCGUCCAUCGGUGUCGUUAGUUAGCUGUUAGAUAUUAUUACGCGAAAGAAAGAUUUCGAGAGCAAUUAGAUAUUUUCUGGGACACAAAUCGAGCUCCAAGGAUACUGUGAAAAAUUACAUACAAUUGGAUCUCGCGAGAAAUUAUAUUAGACUUGAUUUUUACGUUAAUUCUAAGUUCCACCGCGUUUCCACCUGUAAAUACCGAAGCUAAAAUUUCUGCUGCCAAAUGUCCGCUUGAACAUUUGGUCUUUUAUUUUAACUUCAGCCUGUGAACUUUCUUUAUUUUGUCUAUGGUGAAAUCGUGAAAUUGUACCGUCGCGUUCGUAUUUUCUUUUUUUUUUUCAAAAGAAUUACAGAACUUAGUUCACAGAAUUGUAAUGGUAUGCAAUGUGCGUCUCGUACGCUUCGGAUAAAACAAUUCGCGACCUAAAGACUGCUCUGAAAAAGCGAACGUGUGAAAAUAUUUGGAGAAGAAAGAUCUUCCAUUUGCUUGUUCAAACGCAACGACAAUGAUAAUUAGCGACAUAGCUUCCUUCUUAUAAUAUAGUUUGCUUCUCUUAACGAUAUUCUCGCGGGGUGAGAAGUUAAAGCAGCUAUUUUGCAUUAAUAAGGAAUACGCGGCGGAACUUUUGCGCCGAUUCAAUAUAUUCGCGCAUGCGGUUAUGCGAGGUAGUAUACACACGUAUGCAAUAUAUAUUGCCCGCGCGGUUGUUCCCUUUUUGAAGCGGCUGACGUUAUUUAAAGUCUUUGUUCCAACGCACAGUUUUACGUGUCGAUCGCAGCAGGAAAAACAGGAGAUUAUUUUAUAUGAAUAUUUUUGCGUCGUUGUCGCCAUCGAGGAAAUAAUUACGUUGCGAGGACGAGAGAGAGAAAGAGAGAGAGAGAGAGAAAUAAGUCGGUUGCCUUUUCCACUGGAAAUCGUCCAACGUGUGCAUUUUUACAGCGACAUUUCGCACUCGGCUCUGUAAUUAGAUAAUACGGAAAAUGUACGGAGUGUUUCAAAAGUGUCCAGUUAAAUCAGUUAUCGGUAUUUUCUAAGUCGUACUGCGACAACAAAACACACUAAAUAAAGGUAAAACCGGGUGCAAAUGCUUUCUCUCUUAUAGCUGCAGCCAUCAAAGUUAUAUAUUUUAUCGUUAUUACACUAUGUGUAAUAUGUCUUAUUACAUUUCUUUUGUAUUACACGUUAUCGUAUUUGAA